AUGUCAACCAUUAAACCAUUUCAAAUUUUCGAUAUUUUGGAUUACAACAACAUAAAUUUAGACAUCCUGACUGAGACAGUAACAAUUCAACUAAAUUCAGUUCAAUGUCGGCCUUUAUGGAAAGUAUAUUGCUAAAUGGCCAGAAUUUGUAUUUCCAUCAAAAACCUCUUUGGCAAUUUCUAAGGAUAUUGUAAUAUUUCUAUUUAUUUUUAAGUAUUGGGAAAGAUUGAAGGAGAAAAAGCUAAUAACACUAAGCAGAAUUGGCAAGGUCAUACUAGUGUAUAACAAAUAAUAAUUUAUUAAGGCAAUUACUGUCGCGCCAGAAUAUAGAAGGUGAGGAGUAGCAAGGUUCUUGAUGAAUUAUAUUGAAGAUGUAACUAAUAGUUAAAAUGGAUAGUAUGUGGAUUGAUUUGUUCGACCUUCAAAUAAAAU